CUUUCGGCUAGAUAUCUGGCAUCAAGACUAAAAUUGCCAUCAUCAUGGCCUGGACUCGGACCAUCCUCUACUCUGCUCUCAGCAGUUACCUCUGGCAUCCAGCUAACGCUGAUUAUGUGUGGCCAAAUGAAGAAAUCGACGACCUUGAGGCUAUAUUAUAUGAACAACAGAGUAUUUUUGGCGCGCCUGGUAGCGACCUUGCCUCGUUUGUCUCAGGCUGCUCUGGAUUCGGCGAGGGCACCCGAGGCGGAGGGCGUAAUUUCGGCGCUGAAUGGCUGAGAACUGCCUAUCACGACAUGGCCACGGCAGAUGUAAACGCUGGAACCGGCGGUGUGGACGCUUCUAUCAUGUUCGAGACAGAUCGUCCUGAGAAUCCGGGAAAGGGAUUCUCGGAAACUUUUGGCAUUUUCAGCGGCGCCUACACUACUCGAACAUCGAUGGCUGAUUUACUCGCAGCGGCGGCGGUGAUUUCAGUUGGUACAUGCUCGAAUGGAAAAGUCAUCAUCCCGUUCAAGGCCGGACGCGUUGAUGCAGCUGGCCCGGGCCCAUCCGGCGUCCCCCAGCCACAAGAAGAUCUUGCUUCACAUACGGCGAGUUUUGCUAGGCAGGGCUUUGACGUGUCUGAGAUGAUAGCCCUUGUUGCCUGCGGACACUCCAUUGGAGGUGUGCACGGCGUGGACUUUCCGGAAAUUGUCCCCAAUCCCCCCAACACAGGCACUGAUAAUAUGGUGACCUUUGAUACAACAAACGACGAUUUCGACAAUAAGGUUGCCACGGAAUUUGUCGCCAAUAUCACUCAAAACCCACUUGCGUUUGGUCAAAACGAAACAACACGAUCAGACUUUCGUAUUUUCAACGCAGACGGGGGCAAAGUAAUCUCUCAGCUAGCAGCCUCCAACGAUUAUUUUCUCAGCACCUGCACCACAAUGCUAGAGCGCAUGAUUAACACCGUGCCUCGCAGCGUAAAGCUAACAGAUGUCCUAAACCCCAUCGCCGUCAAGCCAAGAAACUUAUUUAUUACUCCUAAUGCUGAUGGAACGUUGUAUGUCAAUGGUUUUAUAAGGAUCACCAACACUACAGUUGAUGCCAGCAAGAGUCAAGUCUUCAUUCACCCCAAAUCGCGCUCUGGCAAACCUUUACCAGUGGCGACCGCCACUACGAAGCAGGGGAUGAGUGGUGGCUGUGACUAUCCCAAUUGUGGUCCAGGCUUGAUUUUCUACAUGUUCAACACCACAAUUUCAGCUGAAGAUGGCAUAUCGUCUUUUACCAUUGAGAUUCAAAACGACGCCGCCGGAAAAACUUCGCAGUACGAUAAUGGAGGCUCCGGAUUCCCAUUUUCCGAUGCUAUUCAACCUUUGUUUAGCUUAUCUAACCAGACCCAGCUCACGGUUGAUAACGUCAACUAUAACCAGCUGAAUGUAACCGCGUUGGUUUUGAAUGCUGAAGAUUUCUCUGAUAUCUCGCUCAUCAUUCCCGUGCCUGUGAACUUUACUGCCCCACUUAGCCCGUGGACUCAAAGCAAAGUGUCGAUGAAGCCUUUGAGCAAGGUUCCAGGAACUAAUCAUACUUUAUACACUGCUUCUUGGAAGGCCGAACUCGCCGCAAGAACCCAUCCGUUCGAUAUUGUUGCUACUGGAAACAAAGGCACUGUUUCGAGCUUAUACAAUACGUGGGAUAAUGUUCCGUUCGUUUUCUAAUUGACGACUUAAUGCUCGCUUUGAUGGAUACACUUGUUCAUUUCGUAUUAGAAUAUUGCGCGGACUUUGUCUGUUUAGCCUGGUUUACUAGCAUUUGUCUUUAGAAUCUACACCAUUUAACUGGCCUAAACCUCCAAGUUUAAGAAAUUGCAUUGUGAUGAAUCA